AUGGACUCGUAUUAUAAUAAAAAGUAUAUCGAUAACUUGUUUAACGAUGUUUUUUAUAACAAAUGUGAAGUUAAGUUGACACGAUUAACUGCAGAAGACAUUGAAAAUUAUAAAUUGAGCUUAAUUAAGAAUAUGGAUACACCCAAAAAAGAUGAUACUGCAUUAAAACAGGUUAAGACAUGUAAAACCAAUAUAACAUCUAAAGAUGAUAAAAAGUCAAAAGUCAUUAAAACAUCUAAAAAAAGUGGUACAUCUAUAGAUGGCGAGCCUGCUAAAAAAAAGCGGAAGUUAGAUACAAAUGGAAAUGAUGUUUUGAAAUUGAUAUUAUCUAGAGAGGGUAAAACUAAUAAUUUUAAAUCACAAUUCAAGUCUACAUUAAAAUACAAUAAUGAAAUUGCUUCUACCAAUGCUGAGGAGAUACCCAUGUUAAUUGAUUGUGAUGAAUUUACUGAAUCGGCUAAAAAUCUAAAACCAAAGAUCUGGGUCAUCGAUCCCAAGAAAAUGAUGGAUAAAAAGAAUUACAAUAGAUGGAUGAAAAUGAUUUCUUCUGAUAAUAAAUCCAAACAUUCAACAAAUCACCUGAAAAAGUUAGCAGUUGGUAAACCUCUACAACCUACACCAUCUUCAAAUAGUACCAAAGUGAAUGGAAUUAAACACCCUAUAAAUGUCAAAAAUCAUGUAAGAGGUAAUUUAACUGAAAUUGAAAAUUUAUGUAAAAAGUAUCAAUAUUUAUAG